AUGUCAACAGAAAGUCAAACUGCACCAGAUUUGAGAGUAAAAUUCAGCAGAAGGGUUCAUAAAUAUGGAAGAGACCAAGAUCAAUGUGAAAUAGAGACGUUGGACGAAGAAAACCCAUACUCUGUUCCAGACUUACAACAAACUGAGAAAAACAACCAGAAGAACCUCCCAGCUGUGAAAAGAAACAGUUUCAGAGUUUUCAAAGUUUUCCUGGGAGUGUUUUAUCUUCUGGUUCUGGUUGGAGUCAUCAUACGCUCUCUUUUACUCACCUUGGAAGUCAACCAGCUGAAGACCAAACACAACCAACUGAACACCACCUACAAUCAGCUGCUCAACAAUGUUUCUGGAGAGUGUCCUGAUGGAUGGAGAAGAUUUGGAUCCAGUUUUUACAGAAAAUUCACAGAGAGUAAAACUUGGUCUGAGAGCAGGAGGGAGUGUGAGGAAAGAGGAGCUGAUCUGGUGAUCAUAAACAGCAAAGAGGAGCAGGAUUUUGUGAGACGACUGAACUCGAAUGGAUACUCCUGGAUUGGUCUGAAAGCUGAACGGUCGACAAGGACACAGGAAUAUGAAUGGAAAUGGGUGGACGGAUCACCGCUGACAACAACGUUCUGGGCUGCAGGAUGGUCUCAACAUCAGUAUAACCGACAUGGAUAUGCUGCACAGUGUUGUACUAAUAAAGGGAAAUGGACAUAUUCAUAUUACACUUCCACUAAUAACUGGAUCUGUGAGAAGAAAAAUUAAGAUUUCAUUGUUUAAUCCUGAUUACAUUCAGAUAACAUUUGGUCACUUUCAUUUAUUGUGUUUCAUGUGUCAUUUAUAAGUGUGUUUAUUCUGAACUUCAUCAUGUGUACAGGGUAGUGAAGCUAUCAUCAGAACUUGAUAAUGCUGAAGUAAAAUAUAAUGAUUGUAAAUAAGUAUAAAUGCAGCUUUUCUUCACUUUGUUUACUUGGGUUUUUUAAAUUUGAUG